AUGUUCCACCAAGUGAGGGUCACACCCACCCACACUGAUGCGCUCAGAUUCUUGUGGUGGGAGAACGGCAACACGGACACGACACAUAAGACGUACAAGAUGCAAGUCCAUCUGUUUGGAGCGACUUCGUCUCCAAGCUGUGCAGGCUUUGCACUCCAAAGGACUGAGGAAGACAACAGGCAGGACUUUGAGCCAGAAGUUUGUCAGAUAGUCAAGGACAAUUUCUAUGUCGAUGACUGCCUGAAGUCUGUUCGCUCUACAGAGGAAGCGAUAAGGCUCAUUCCUCAGUUAUGCAGCCUACUAAGAAAAGGAGGAUUCAGACUAACAAAGUGGGUCAGCAAUGACAAGGAAGUGUUAGAAAUAGUCCCUCCUACAGAAAGGGCUGCAUCGGUAGUUGAUCUAGAUUUGGAUCAUCUUCCAAUAGAGAGAACACUUAGUGUCUUAUGGAACAUGGACUCUGACAUGUUUAGCUUCAAGGUUUCUCCCAAGGACGUACCAGCAACAAGAAGGGGUAUACUGUCCGCCACAAGCUCCUUGUAUGAUCCAAUUGGAUUUGUGGCACCUUUCACAGUAAAUGCAAAGCUUCUUUUGCAGGAUCUUUGCGCCCAAGGUCUUGCAUGGGACGAGAAGAUCAAGGACCAGGACUUGCAACGCUGGCGAGCCUGGCUGGCUGAGUUACCAGAGUUAACCUCAGUACACAUCCCCAGAUGUUUCAAGCCAUCUGACUUCAAGGACCCUGUCUAUGAUCUCCAUGUGUUCCGUGAUGCGUCAGAAAGAGCAUAUGCAGCAUGUGCCUAUCUACGGAUAGAGGAUUCUGGUCGCACCCACAGUGCACUUGUGAUGGGGAAGACAAGACUUUGUCCUCUGAAGAAGAUGACAGUUCCCAGAUUGGAGCUGUCAGCAGCAGUACUAGCGGUAAAGCUGGGUCGAACCAUCAUGGAAGAACUCAGGCUACCAGUGAGAAGCGUCACAUACUGGACUGACUCUACCUCAGUGCUGCUGUACAUAAGGAAUACCAGCAGGAGAUUCCGUACAUUUGUAGCAAACAGAGUAGCUGUCAUUCAAGAAAAGAGUGACACUUCACAGUGGCGCCACGUUGAUACCAAGAGCAAUCCAGCAGAUGAUGGCUCAAGAGGAUUGCAUGCAGGACAACUAUCAAGAUGGAUCCAAUGA